AUGUGCCACUUUCAGGUCUCCUCACACUGCUGGUGUGUUCCAUUUUUUGUCAUAGGGUGCUGGCAGAUUACGGGCCUCCCAUAGCUGCUGCCAGGCCCCUAAUCUGCCAUGGGCCCCUGUACCGCCUCCUCAUGCUGCUGCCAGGUCCAGAGUGUCUCAUGGGUCCCUGUACGGCCUCCCAUUGCUGCUGUCUCCAUCGCCACACUCUGCCAUGUGCCACUUUCAGGUCUCCUCACACUGCUGGUGUGUUCCAUUUUUUGUCAUAGGGUGCUGGCAGAUUACGGGCCUCCCAUAGCUGCUGCCAGGCCCCUAAUCUGCCAUGGGCCCCUGUACCGCCUCCUCAUGCUGCUGCCAGGUCCAGAGUGUCUCAUGGGUCCCUGUACGGCCUCCCAUUGCUGCUGCUGUCUCCAUCGCCACACUCUGCCAUGUGCCACUUUCAGGUCUCCUCACACUGCUGGUGUGUUCCAUUUUUUG